AUGACCAAGGUCGGCGUCUUCCCCGCGGCAGGCGGCUUGGGCACCAGCAUCGUCAACCACCUCGUCAAACUCGUCCCCGCCGACCAACUCAUCCUCAUCGCCCGCAAACCCGAUUCCCUGGCUGAAGUGAGUCGUCUCGGGGCGACCGUGCGACGCGCAGACUAUGAAGAUCCCUCGUCGCUGGAACGCGUGUUUGACGGGGUGGACGUGUUGAUGCUGAUUUCGUAUGCGUCGUUUGAGAUCCAGUAUCGCGUGGAGGCCCAUCGCCAUGCCAUCGACUGCGCGCGCCGCAGCGGUGUCCAGCAUAUCUUCUACUCGUCGCUCGCGUUUGCGGGUGAUCUCGCCGACUCCAGCGUGGCGCACGUGAUGGGCGCCCAUCUACGAACCGAGCAAUACCUGGCCGAUCUCCAAGCGCAGAGCGACAUCACCUACACGGCGAUCCGCGAAGGGCUUUACUCGGAGUCGUUCCCGAUCUACACGGCCUGGUUUGAUCUGGCGCAUCCCGUGGAGGAGGUUACGAUCCCGCACGCUGGUACCCCGCCGGGGGUCACGUGGGUCAAACGCGACGAACUCGGCGAGGCCACCGCCAACUUAAUCGCCUCGUACCGGCAGGACCCGCGGUCCUUCCCGUAUGUGAAUCGGCUGGUGUUGCUCGCGGGACCGCGCGAAUAUUCGCUGCAGGAGACCGUCGCGAUCCUCGGUCGAGCCGUCGGGCGGACGGUCCGCAUUCGCGAGAUCUCGCCGGAUGAGUAUGCGGCGUUGUCGACGCACGGCACGAAGCACACCUACCAUGGGAUUAACCUGGCGAGGGAGUGGGCGACGGCGUGGGAUGCGAUCCGACGGGGGGAGACGGCGGUGGUGACCCCGCUGUUGAGGGAGAUCUUGGGGCGCGAGCCGGAGGACUACGAGACCACGAUUCGGGCAUUGGCCCGGGAGCCCCAUGCAUCGCCCCUACGAUACCUUCCCCGCCCCCAAGGUCCCGAUCCCUUGUCGGCCAACUGGAACUACGACAGUGCCAUCGACCUCUUCUCGAUGAACACUAUGAUGCCCGAGAACUUCGCGCUCGAUGUGCCCAAUGAACCUAUGGGGGUGGAUCCAAAGGAUUUCCCCGCGGAUUUCUUCGCUCCCCCUCCUGACAUCAGUGGAUUCACGAUCUCCAACCACUCGGGCGAAGAUGCCGGUUCGAUCACUUCGGAUCUUGAAAGUGACGAUCAGUCUUGGUCUCCCACCUAUGCUGCUCCCGCCGACAUGCUUCCGGCCCCGGGGAGACAAUCCACCCGCCGCAAGACCACCCCAGUUGUGAAACGCGAGACGACCUGGUCGUCCAGUCCUGAACUCGCACCCCAAGAAUACUCCACCCACACGGCCGCUCAGACGACUCCCACGUCGCCCCCCGUCAACCGCAAGAUGACCCGCACCACCUCGGUGGACUCCAAUGCCAGCACGGGCCCGACCACAACGGCCACCACGACCAGUGGGCGCAACGCUGCGAAGCGUGCCGCACACAACAUCAUUGAGAAGCGGUAUCGCACCAACAUGAACGCCAAGUUCGUGGCCCUGGAGAAGGCCAUGUGUGGCGGAGUCCAGAAGUCGAGCAAGAGCGGAUCGGCGUCGCUCAAGAAGUCGGAGAUCCUGACCAAUGCGAUUGCCUACAUGCAGGAGCUGCAGGAAGAGAACAAGGCCCUCCAGAAGGAGCUGGCCAUGUUCAAGCAGAACAUGGUGCCGAGUGCGAUGUGGCGACACACCAAGGGGGCUGAGAGCUUUCGCGCUUAA